UCUGUUUUUGAGUUCCCCUUUGGAGAUGCCCUUCUGCGCUCCCAAAGGCCAAAUAAGCCCAAUUUUCCCCAAUUGAGAUACUUUAAUAUCUCUAAAAUAAUCACUUCAUCUGGCGUUAAUUAUUCUCAAAAGUCAAAACCUGAUUAUUUAAGCGGGACAAUCAGUUAAAUUCCAGAAUCUCCUUUAUCGAUUCUCAGAUUCUCAUCAAGAAAACUGUAGAAAAAGCAGAGGAAGAUCAGAAAUGGGGCAGUCAUCGUCAACAGAGCAAGUAUCACCGGAGCUAAGCGAGGUACAAUCAUUAGCAGCAUCAACCGGAGCACUCCCCGCUCUUGAAAAAUCAUUUUCUCUUCUAUCAGAUCCCCAUACUAAUUCUAUACCCCUCAAUUCUCUCCAGAAAUGCUUCAGCUUAACUUUUGAGAACGGAAUAUCUGAACAAACUGCAGUGCAGAAAGAAUUGCCGGUGUUGUUAAGCCAUCUGGGUUCUGCAAUAGUUGACUUAUUUUUCUUGGCGGAUAAAAAUGGAGUGAGUUGGAUUGAAUUCCUGAAAGGGUACGUGAAAUGCUGCGGAAGAACAGUCGCUUCAACAUCAUUAACUAACUUAUUCCAAGUUUUUUCCACGAUGUUUUCAAAGGCAGGACUUCCAGUUAAGCUGCAAUUUGAGUCAUAUGAGGAUGACUGUAAAAUCAGCGGGUCAUUACUGCCCAUUGAUUUGCUAUUGCUUCUUUGGAUUUGUUGGAUUUUGUUGUCAGAUUCUAGGAAGUUAAAGCUGAACUUACAAAAAAGCAGAGGGGAUUGGAGUCUUCCGGAUAUUUCCCAUUUGGUUUUAUCAGCCAUUGAAUCUUGUGCUGAAGGUGGUCACAAAUUGGAUCAUUGGGAUUGCAUUGUUUCAGACUUGGAUGUUCUCCUUCCUGUUAUGAAGAUUCAUUUAUGGGCAUUGAAAACUGUACCAAAUCUAGCUGAUUGCUUUGUGCAAUUUGUCCAUGCGAGACUCUGCUGCUCGGCAACUCAUGAGGAGAAAAUGGAGCCAUCAUGCUCUUCCGCUCAUGAAAAUUCCCCAACAGAAAUAUGCAACACCAACCUUCUUACUUCCGGAAGGGCCUGGGCCAUCUCACUUUCCCUGAGAAGUCCUAUGCACGAAGAGAUAUCAAAAAUUUGUUUCCCAAGUAAUGCUGGUGAUAUAAAUGAAAAUUUGCUCUAUCGAUCAUCUCUUCAUGGGAAAGGUCUGAAUCGGUUCUGGUCAAAUGUCGAGGGCUACAAUGGUCAGUUACUAAUGCUGAUUUCUGCUGCUCACGAGGAUAAUAAAAAUACAAGGAAGUGGAUUAUUAGUGCACUCACCGAUCAGGGUUUUGAAAAUAGGGAAAUGUCUUAUGGAACUUCUGGGUGUCUGUAUGCUAUAAGUCCAGUCUAUCAUGUGUUCUCAUCUUCAGGAAAGGAGAAAAACUUUGUCUAUAGCCACCUUCAUCCAACUGGUAGGGUGUAUGACGCACAUCCAAUGCCUGUUGGAAUUGCUUUUGGAGGAUCCAUGGGGAACGAGAGAAUAUUUAUGGAUGAGGAUUUUGCUAUGGUCACUGUGCGCCACCAUGCAGUUGAUAAAACAUAUCAACAUGGUAACCUUUUCCCCAGUCAGGGGUUCCUACCAGUUGAAGCUUCAGUUUCAGAAGUUGAGGUGUGGGGAUUAGGAGGGAAAAAUGCCAGAAAAGUUCAAGCUUCUUAUAAGAAGAGAGAAGAAAUUUUUACCGAGCAAAGGCGAAAAGUUGACCUGAAAACCUUUGCCAGUUGGGAAGACUCGCCGGAGAAGAUGAUGAUGGACAUGGUGUCUAAUCCGGAAACAGUUCGGAGAGAAGAUCGAUGAAUAAUUCUCGUCUGCCAAAUCAGAUUAUGAUCCACGAGAGUGCAAAUAUAUAUAUAUAUAUAUAUAUAUAUCACAGUUGAUUGUUUGAGACGCUUGGCUGUGGCUAUAUUGCUUGGGAUUUUAUAGAAUACUUUCACUGGGAUAUAUUAAUACUUGUUCGCUUAUGAAGUAAAUUAAAAUGGUUCUUUUUCUUCAAGCCUGUAAGAAUUAUUUGGGGUCUAUAACUUUUUAAGUUUCUUCAUGGUGUAUAGUUGCUCGAAUGAGUUCAGUUCAUUGAAAAUAGAGCACCUCUCUCUA